UAUUUUUGAAUGCGUACACCUGUGUUUUGUUGUGCAAGGAAAUCAUCAUGGUUUUGCUGAAUAUCCACACAGACCCGCGCAGCCGUGGCGCCGGCAGCAGUCUGGCGGGCAAGAUGACUAAGGUUCUGGACGUGCCGCUGCGCGCGCUCUACGACUACGACUACCGCACGGCCGACGGCCGUGACAUCGCCAUCCGCGAGGGCGACACAUUCACACUGCUGCGCAAGUCCAACGACGACUGGUGGCACGUGAUUCGCGAUGGCGAGCGACGCCCGUUCUACGUGCCCGCCGCAUACGUGAAGCCCAUACAGCAGCAGCGGCACCACCACGACGCACGUCAGGGCCGCGAAGCUACCGGCGCCGCCGCCGACGUCGCCACCUACGAGAACCUACGCGAAUGGACGGCGCCGCCGCGCGGUGCUCCGAGAACGAGCGGCAACGCGCUGCCGCCACCCGUCGGCGGCGGUCUGUACCGUCCAGCAGGGGGCGCUAGGAAGCCGGCUGUGAAGCCGCGGCGAAGGCUCGGCAAGGGUGACGCGAAGACGGCAUACAAGUACCUUAGCCGCAGCACAGAGAACCUGGUGGGAGAGGGCGCCACUCAGCGGUCUGCGGCACAUGUGGAGCACCGGCGCAACGAACGAGCAAACCGUGCGAGCCUCACCGACGGUGGCGACCUCUUUGAUCGGUACAUCGAUGUCCGGCCAUUAGGCGGCGCCCCCAGACGAGCAAAGUCGAGUGACGACCUACUCGGGGAGCCGGAGAGGGAUGGGAAGCGGACGAGGAAGGUGGGGAAGGGUGACAGGGUUUAUGGGAGCCCGGACGGAAGCUCCGACAACCACAACAACAAUAACAACAACAGCGCGCCGCGCGUCUACGAGCCGAUCCACUACAACGCGGAGAGCGACGGUGGCGCCCUUACGGUGUCGCGCAUCCUUGAGGAAACGGCGGCGUACAAUGAGCUGCAGGCGGGCCGGCCGACGAAGCACAAGGACUCCGGCUUCAGCAGCCUCGAGCGCGCUCUCGAGCCGACGCUGGCACCCCCUGCCACCGCCGACCCGCCGUAUUUCGAGCCAGAAGCCGACUACGACAACCUGUCGGUGGACGAACGCGUUUAUAUAGGGCCGGCACUGAAGGUGGGGGCGCCACCGUUCUACAGGUAUGGCGAGAGCGAGGAGGCAUACGCGCGGGUUGGGCGGAGCGGGGAGGUGCAAGCGCCCCCUGGUGAUCAAAGGGCAUUCGAGAAUCCCGCUUACACGAGUCCGGAGACGGCACAGGAACGGGAUGAGCGGUGGUGGCGGGAUGAUGAGGGAGAGAUUCCGAAGGAGAAGGUGCCGCUGCCUUUAGACCCGGAGGGGAGCAGUCUGAGUUCAUCCACAUACAGUCUGGAGGAGAACCGAUCUGCAGGAGAGGCACCACCUGCGGCGGUUGCUCACGUGCGCCCUCCCAACUACCCACAGGAGAAGCCCCUGAGACAGCUCACGGAUGGAUGGGAGGAGCACAGGGAUGAGGUGGGGAGGUUGUACUACUACAAUGCCUUGACCGGAUUCAGCACGUGGAAACCGCCGCGCAAGGCACCCAGUCCCGCAAAGAACCAGGUCCCAUACGAGGAGCAGCCGGACGUCGCCAGGGCGAUGCAACCCGUACAGGCAUCGCGUCGCGACGGUGAUGCUAACGUCCAGCGUUACCGCGACGAUCGUCUCCCUGACGACGGUCCGAUGUACCGCAGUGCGUUUGACCUGUCUCCGUCACCGGCGCAGCAUCAGAGUUCGCUUGAACAGACGCGCUCAGCAACAAACUUCUACCUGUCGACCUUCACCGCACACAGGUACGAACAGCAAGGUGGCGGUGGCAGAGGAGGAAGCAGUAACAGCGGGAGAAGCAGGGAGGAGGCCGGGAGGACGGAGGAGGUAUGCACCGAGGAGGUGCGGAAAUGCGAGACAGGGAGGGAAGAGCGACGAGAGGAUGAUGGGAGGAGGAUGGAAGAGGUGCGGCGUAACGAAGAGGUUAGAUGGAUGGAGGAAGUAAGGCGGAACGAGGAUGGAAGGAGAACAGAGGAGGUUAGGAGAAAUGAUUCGCGAAGAGAGGAACACCGCACAGAAGAGCUGAGGAGGAACGAAUCACGAAGGGAGGAACAUCGAUCGGAUGAUGGAAGGAGAAAUGAGGAUGGGAGGAGAAAUGAAGAGCUAAGGAGAAUUGAGGAGCAGAGGAGGAACAAUCCACGUAGAGAGGAGCCUGUCUUUGUGUUUCCACAGAAGAAGGCACUGCCGCGACUGCCGACGGAUGGGGAGCGUGCGCUGAGAGAGGAAGCUGAGAGACAGAGGUUCCUGCAGCAGCAGCAGCGGGAGGAGCUGCAGGCAGCGAGGCAGGCAGACAUACGGCCGGCAGGAGAUGAGAACGGACACAUCUACGUCGAGGCCAAGUCCCUGGUGGCGCCCUACAUCAUACAUGACGCAGGUGGCGAUGUACACCAGGGCGAGCUACGUACGUUCCGGCGCGGGUCAGACAACGAGGUGCCCGCGCGGCCGCGGGGUACCGAGCGCGCCUCCAAGACUCGCUCGAUGUUCGUCGACACACGCCUCGGCGUCUGGGAGGAGGAGCCGGUGAAGCUGCUGCUCGGCACGACGCCAGGCGACGUGUCGCCUUCCAGCAAGGCCUGGUGCCCGCAGGAUUACUCCGAGGGCAUAGUAAAGCAAGGUGUUCUCAACAGAGCCAAACUCGUUGAGGGUGGCAAGAAGCAAAAGAAAAACUGGACAACUGUGUUUGUAGCUCUGACACGUUCCUGCAUAAUGUUCUUCAAGGAUAAUAAGCAACCUAGUAAGUCCUCUGGAUUGAUAUCGCCGCUGCUGCCCACGAUGAGGCAGCCUGAAGACAUCCUAGAGUUGGCUGGCUCACAGGUUGACUGGGCGUCGGAGAGGUCGAGCAAGCGCAACCCGUUCGUGCUGCGGCUGCAGGGUGGUGACGAACUGCUGCUGCAGACCGACGACGCGCAGGAGGCGAAGAGAUGGUUCAUAGCCGUCCGCGAGAUUCUCAACAGCCUGCCUGGAACCCCUGACAAGGGUGAAGGUACCUCUCCUACACAACUCCAUCUACCAGUAGAAGGCAAUAUACUGAGCAGGAAGUUUUCUAAGUACAAGCAGCGACACACGGCGGCACAGAACCAGGAGCCGCAUCUGAAGCAGAGCGAGUCGUCAGAUGACCUAGACAAGGUGCUGUCUCCCACCGAGCGUAAUCAGCGCAUCAAGCACCGGCUGUGGCAGUUCUUCCAGCGGCGACCCGCCGCGAAGACCCUCGAGGAGAAGGGCAUCAUGAAGGACGAGGAAUGCUUCGGUAGCUCACUGCAGCACCUGUGCGAGCGAGACCACACCACCGUGCCGAACUUCAUCAAGCGAUGUGUCGCAGAGAUCGAGGACAGAGGUCUCGAUACGGACGGGCUGUACCGCAUGAGCGGCAACCUCGCGCAGGUGCAGAAGGUGCGCAUGCAAGCCGACCAGGGGCUCACAAACGUCGACUGGAGCAAAGAGGACAUCCACGUGCUGACGGGUGCGCUCAAGCUGUUCUUCCGCGAGCUCAAGGAGUCACUGUUCCCGUUUGACACGUACGAUCCGUUCCUGGAUGCCAUCAAGCAGAAGAGUCGUGCCACGGUCGCUACUUUUAGAGAGUUGCUGGACAAGAUGCCCAGGCCACAUGCAGACACACUCAAGUUUCUAUUCAUGCACCUCUUAAGCGUUAUGGAGAGCAGUGAGAUGAACCGCAUGCACGCGCACAACCUGGCGAUCGUGUUCGGCCCCACGCUGCUGCGCCAUCAGGAGGAGGGACCGUCGAGCGCGCUAGCCAUCGAGCUCAUACACCAGAACCACAUCGUCGAGUUAUUCCUCACCGAGUUUUGGAACAUCGUCGGCAAACGGUAGUAGGGA